AAGAUGAGUGAUCCAGAACCCUGCAGAAUUAAACAGGAAGAGACUGAAGAACUAAUAGAUGUAAUAGUGAAGGAGGAGAGUGAAGAACUGAGUGAAGAUGAGGAGAAACAUCAUGUCAAGAGUGAAGAGGAAACUCAAUCAGAGACUGAAGAUAGUUUUUCAAUGGAAACAACAGCCGUAAACGGUUUCAUCUGCACCCAGUGUGGAAAGACUUUCAAGCACCAAUGCAGACUCAAGCUUCAUAUGAGGAUUCACACUGGAGAGAAACCACACAAGUGUUCCCACUGCGACAAGAGUUUCAAUGAUUCAGGAAACCUGCAAAGACACAUGCUGCUCCACACUGGAGAGAAAACACACAAAUGCGAUCAAUGCGGCAAAACGUUUCUAAGGCCUGCAGGUCUGAAGAACCAUCUUAGACUUCACACAAACGAGAAGCCUUAUUCAUGUUCUGAGUGCGGGAACAGUUUUAGUAAUUGCUCAAAUUUAAUAGCACAUCAGAAGAUCCACACCGGUGUGAAAGAGCAUGUGUGCCUUGAGUGUGGGAAGAGUUUCAUCAGAGCUGGAGGAUUGAAAAAUCACCAGAGGAUUCACACCGGAGAGAAACCGUACGAGUGUUCACACUGCGACAAGAGCUUCCGUCAGAUACAAAUACUGAAAGUACAUGAGAGGAUUCACACUGGAGAGAAACCGUACAUGUGUACUAAGUGUGGGAAGAGCUUCAGACAUACACCAAACCUUCAACGACACCUGCUGAUUCAUAAAACCACAAACCACACAUGUGAUCAAUGCUGAAUUUCUGGCCUUUAAAACUGAAGGAUCAUCCUAGAGUUCAUACAAACAAGACGCCUUUUUUCAUGUACUGAGUGUGGAAAGAGUUUUACACAACAGUCAAGUUCAAGACAACAUAAGAAGAUACAUGAGUGUGAGAGAUGUCGUGUGCUUUGAUUGUGAGAAGACUUUUAUUACAGCUGGAGGUUUGAGAAAACACAAGAAGAUGCACACUAGAGAGAAACCUUAUCAGACCCCCUAGUUUUUCACAAUUGUUUUGCGAUAAAAAAAUGACAGAUUUUCUGGCAAUUCCCAGAAAUUUGUGGACAAUUUUGCGAUGUAAAAAAAAAAAAAAAAAAAAAAA